GCAGGUGGGCAAUCGCAACGGGUACGGCACCCCGUGCAGUCGGUUGGUGUAGAAUUAUUUAUAAACAGGACGGAAGCAUAACUAGACCACCAGUUACCGUUCGGUGAGAGUCGCAAGCGGGUUCAUCGAAAUCCGAAACAUUCUAACGUUGCCUGCUCUAACGACAUCGCGCUGGAAGCAUAAUCAGUUGCCUUGCUCCAGUCAUCUCCCCCCCCCAGAUCGUUGCUUGAAAACACGGCCACGCGGCGCCAGUACGUCUUGUCGGUUGGGCUGUCACGGGACAGUCAGCGUGUGUGUUGUGAGCCCAACAAGCAACGCCAACGGACGGACGGUUAUUCUUCGCAGCCCCAAUCAAUACACACCGAAGUGGUGCAUCAAGCAAUCAGCCUGCACUUGCGAUGGUAGCGCCAGCCGAUCUAGAACGCCGGGAUGCCAUCCCGGUGCUAUACACGCGUGGCACCCACUACUCGGUCGGGUUUGAUGUGGGCCGCACCUUUGCAUCCAUCAUUCACAGCUUUCUGGAGAAGUCGGUAACGCUGAACGAAACCUAUCUUCCGCUGUUCAACACCGAAAAUGGUCGUAAAAUCUACGUUGACACGUACGAAAGCGUCAAUAAAUCAUUCCCGCAGUACAUCCGCGAGCUGCAGGGUAUUGCGGACGGGGCCAAGGUGGAGUUCCAUAAGCUGUUCUUGCUGCAUAUAGACGAUGUCAUAACCGGUGGCCAGGAUGGUAACAACCAACCGAUCGGUUGCUCGACCAUCUGUGUCAACGAACCCGACUGCGUUGUGCUGGGCCACACGGAGGACGCACUGUCCGAGGUGCUGAACCACUUCUAUUUCGUGUCGGCCCACAUCAUCUCGGAGUCGCCGGAAGGCAAGCACAAGGUGGUGGAGGAACGGUUCACCUCGCUCUGCUAUGCCGGCCACCUGCCUGGCUACACGAUGAACGCCAACCAUCACGGGCUGGUCUUCUCGAUCAACACGCUCAGCGCUAAAACGCUGGUCGGCGGCAAAACACCGCGCCACUUUAUUACGCGAGCCCUGCUGGCGGCGGAAAACUUCGUGCAGGCGCAAGAGAUACUGCGAGACCACGGCGUCGGCGCGGCUGAUGGGUGCUCCAUCAACAUGACGUUCCUUAGACAGGAGGGCGACCGGUUGUUCCACAACGCGGAGAUGGGUCCCGCCACCAACGGGGACGAGUCGCAGCUGAACAUCUUGACCGCCAGCCCGGGCGAGCACAUCAUCCACGUGAACAGCUACCAGCGGUUGCCGGUACAGGAGGUGUCCGGCCUGAUCAUCGAGUCGAGCAUCGAGCGGAUGAAAACGUUCGCCAAGUACGCGCCGCCGAAGACGGUCGCGGACGUGGUGCGGAUGCUGAGCGACGUGACCGCGUCCGAGCACAAGGUGUUCCGGGACCACGGCAAGAACCAGAAGGUGAAAACGAUCUGCGUCGGCAUUAUUGAUUGCAUCAAGCGCACGUGGACGCUGUACGCGGAGAAUCCCGCGUACGUGCCGCCGCUGGUCGUGCUGCCGCUGGUGCUGAAGGAUUAGAUGGAUUCGUACCCAGGAGCAUUGUCACUCCACAAGCUUCAAACACUUACACACACACACACAUACGCGCGCGCCUUUAAUUGAUUUGAUGGCAUUAUUUAUGGCCCCUCCCCCAACGUGUCAGGGUAAGACUAAACCAAUAAAUGUCUUUUGAGAGCUUAAUUUUCCUGUUACGUGCUUGAUACCCUGUGUA